AUGCGGCAGCGGAUGACGGGUGAUCAUGCAGCGAGACGCCUAGAAGGAGACGGUGAUCAUGAACGUUAUCAUGAACGCGUGAUCAUGAACGCGACGGUGGCCGGCGACGCGGCCGCCGUCGAGGAGGACCUCGGCCACGCGUUCCGCGUCUUCGACGCCGACGGCAACGGCACCAUCUCCGGGGCCGAGCUCGCGCGCGUCCUCAGGGGCCUCGGCGAGUCCGCCUCCGUCGCGCAGUGCCGCCGCAUGAUCGAGGGCGUCGACCAGAACAGCGACGGCCUCAUCUCGUUCGAGGAGUUCAAGGUCAUGAUGGUCGGGGGCGGCUGCUUCGCCAAGAUCGCGUAG